AUGGAUGCUCCAGAUCUCAGGCUCACUUCACGUACCUCCUGCUUAACCGUGCAAUUGCAGCGCCAGCCAGGCAGCAUGACACUGCCAACACGCGCUGGUGAUCAGCAUCAGGGUGAACUCGCCGUCAACAAAAUGAUCUUUCCCCUGUUCUUUCAGCGGGAGAAUAACGAACCAAAGGAGCAACCGGAGCUUUCACCAGCAGUAGAUGGGGAGGAGGAGCUGCGCUCGUCACUGGUUUGGAGCCGGGAGCCACGAGCUGUUCCUAGUAUUUCACUCAGAAAUGUGGGGGUUCCAAAUGGAUAUGCUGGUCUAGACUCUAUUUGUGACACCGUGGAUACUAACCAACAUGAAGUGCCUCAGCAAAAGCAGGUUUCAGUUGACCAGGAGAUAUUUGAGCCUAGUUCUGAAGUCAACAUGUUCUCUGUGGUAAAGCGUUCCAGGUCAAGGCAGCGGCAUAUUGAAGAUCGGUCGCGUGAGAAGGGUCAAGCGACAAAUAGUGGAAUCAGGGAUGUUAUGCAAGACAUGAUGCAGAGGUCUGGUUUUGCAACUGCAGGUUCGAACAAAACAACUGCAUCAUUAUCCUCCAAACCAUGUGGUGACGGUGAAAACAAUGCUGGAACAACAACCUCUUUGCCAGGUCAGGAGAAAGAUUUUUAUGCCAGUCAGGAUAGAUCAACUGAAUUCGUCAAGUGCAGUAAAGAUGGUGAUCUUGGAAAUCAAGGAGUUAAGUUAGAUUGUUCUCAAAAUCAGAUUGUCAAUUCUGAUAAUAAUGUCAAGGUUUCUGUUAGAAGUUCUUUUGGGGUGCAAGUUACAGGCACUGUGUGCCAUGCACUCCCUGAAACUUAUCUGUCGGUUGAGCCGAAAAAACUUCAAUUCGAUGGUGUUGAAUCAGUUUGCAUGGAUCCUGCAAGUGAACAGACGAUGCAGCAACCAGUAUGUGCCCUGGAAGGUGGCAAUCUUGAUCUUGCUGAGGUACAUCCCUUAAAUGAAGACCCAUCUUCUACCAGCUAUUCUCAAGUUCUUCAGGAGCAACAUCUGUUGGUCAGAACAUCUUUAGAAUUCAAGGAGACCGAUGCAGAGACUCCCUUGGGCCCCACUUCACCGGUUACACAAAAGGAGACGCUCAAUGGAAAGGCAGCAUAUGAUGCGGUCAACUGCCAUUCAGGAAAGCUGGGUGAUGUUCAGAUAAAAUUAUCAGCUUUGACCAAAGCAUGCAACAUUUCUGUCAGCAACAAAAAGGACGAGUCUGCAGUGCCACAAGUUAUGAGCAGUGUUUCAGCUAGAAGAACCAGCGAAAUGCACUCAACUGAAAGGAACAGUAUGACUUCAGCCGAAGAUCUGCAACAAAAUGGAACAGAACAAGACACCUCUCUUAUUGAGAAUGCUGUUAAAGAAAAUGUUAAUUCAUGUACAGCAGAAAACGAUAAACGGAAAUCUUCACAACCUUCUGUUCAAUACUUCUUACCUAGUGCAUCACAUGAGAAAAAUAUUCUACUCGAGUCAGACAGAAGCAGUGUUGCUUGUGACCAGAAGAGGUCAGUACAAGAUGGAGUGGAAGUAAGUGAUAGUUUGUCAUCUAAAAGGAGAAGAAUAAGGCACCGAUCAGACUUUGACCUUUCUGGGACUCCUUGCACAAAUUCAUUGCCUCUGAACCACCAACUUGACAUUUCUAGCCAUAUAUUAAGUGCGACAAAUUUCUCAGAGAAAUCCCAUCCUUCAGGUCCUUACUUCACAAGGAGUUCAGGAUCCUGCAAGAGCAUGUCUCUGGUGUCAGAGGGGGGGAAUGCUGCAAGUGAUGUUUAUGGAAAUGGGAAUUCUUCACGUGGAAGAAGAAAUACAACUAGCCUAUUAAGUGGCGUCCUUGACAACUCUCCUACCGCAAGCACCAGCAGGAGUGCAUUGGAAGGACGGGUCUUCAAAAAUUCUCAAGAACAGAAACAAAAUAAGUUGGAAGUGGAGUUUCUGACAACUGCUGCUUUGCCUUAUUGCUCUGGCAUCCUAUCUCGUAAUGAGGAAAACUGCACACAGCAGGAAGGUACUUGCUUUGAAGGUCAGAACCUAAAUGUCACGGCUGCGAGUGUGGCAGACCAGGAAAUGGCUCCUGAGAUGGAUGACUUAUCAUCUCCAAUUGCAAUAUUACAUCAAGAAACUUAUUCUGGAACAGAACUGUUUACUCGAUUCCCGAGUUAUGAACAAGCAUCUGCUCCUAAUGCACUGCUUCAUGAGAAAUUAUGGUAUGACUCGAAUGAAUGUGUUAGGAAAUAUAAAAGUUGUGAUCCAAAGGGACAAUUGGGUGAUGAAUCUUUUGAUUGUGAUGGUUCAAUGCCAGUAAUGGAGAUCUUUGAUGUCUCUGACCAAUUGGACAGCCCAAUUAUCGGAAAAAGGUCAUUUGAGUCCCUACACGAUUCUCACCAAUUAGGCACCAUUUGCUCAGAUCCUCCAAACAAGCAUAAUACUAACACAGCGAGUAGUUUGCAUCCGCUAUUGACAACUACUAUGUCUGGGAAACCCAGAAACUGUCCCCUCUCUGAUGAUCUACAAUACAGUGCUAGUAACAGUCGCAGCGGUAUGGACUCCUUCGGAUGUGGACUUGAUUUGUUUUUUAUUUCUGAUGGCGUAGCCUCUUGCUCUUCAAAUGCUAGCAGCAGACAAGAGAUCAAUGAAACUCCUUUGACUCCAUCUGUUGAAAAGUAUAGCCAGAAACUUUCAUUAAGAUCUGGAUCUGGUUCAGAACAUAUGGGUUCUAUUCCUGAACUUGAAGUCUUCCGAAUUGAUGAAGACAACAGCAUUCCGGAAGAAGAUGAGUACCAAGACAUGGCUCCUGGAUCUGUAGAUGUGAAUUGCUCAUGCCAGCGACAAUCUGGGGUAACAGCACUUCAGGAUAUUACUGGAUUAUGUCAAAACAAUGGAAAUUCUCCGUCUCAUUCGAUGAGAAGCAUGGAUAAAGGUAACAUAGACUUGAGUGCAGAAUCUGUCAGUAGUGAGCUCACUCAUCAUUCAAAUAUCAGAAAUGAUAGCAUUAAGCCAAGAUACAAUCACUCUACUUCAGUUAAGAGAGAAGGAAAAGUAUCCCGUUCUCUUCAUGACAGAUCAGGUACGAAAGAAAUAACCAAAAGCAGAAGUGGAAGACACAGGAGUGAAGCAAAUAUUGACAAGCAAGGCACGACAGAAAUAAUCAACAGCAGAAAUGGAAGACACAGGAGUGAAGCAAAUGUUGACAAACAAGGCACGGCAGAACUACUCAAUAGCAAAAAUGGAAGACACAGGAGUGAAGCAAAUGUUGACAGACAAUCUAAGCCUAGCAAUAUUGUUGCCAAUGUGACAUCUUUUGUACCUCUUGUAAAACAAAAGUUGCAAUCUACAACAGUGUGCGUUAAAAAAGAUGUUAAGGUGAAGGCACUCAAGGCAGCUGAAGCUGCAAAACGUCUUGAAGAGAAGAAACAAAAGGAGCAAGAAAAGCGCAAAGCGGCUGCAAAAGCAGAGCGUGAAAGACUGAAGCAAGAGAAGGAACAAAAACAAAAACUUGAAGAGGAACAAAAGAAGAGACGAGAAGUUGAUGCGGCCGCUAAGAAGCGGCAGAGGGAAGAAGGGGAAAAAAGGGAAACGAUGAAAAGAAGAAAAUGCGUGGAUGAAGCUCGAAAGCAACAGAAGCAGCCUAUGGAUAGACAACGAGGCACGAAGGAUGAGAAAGAUGCUCGUCAAAAAGCUUCUGAUAAUAUGGAGCCAAAGAAGAAUUUGGUUGAUGUAGGCAAAAACCAAGUUAAACCUGAUGAGACUACCGAACAUGCCCUUCGAUACAAGGCCAAUGAAAGUAAGGACGAGAAAGGUGUUGCAGUAGAUGACAGGAAUGCAAGUUUUGGAUCUGAUGCUAAGGAAAAUAUCCUGAACAGUCUCGAGGAGUCCUACACAAUGACUCCUUAUAAAGAUUCUGAUGAUGAGGAUGAUGAUGAUUACGACGAACAUUUGCAAGAAGCAAGGCGCAGAAGGAAAUUUGUUCCUUGUUGGGCUCGAAAAGAAAACUUGGAUAGCAUCUUACUAUCCAAUAAAACAUUAAACCCCAGAGAAAUUUUUGCACGGAAGCUGUCCUUCAACAUAUCUGAAGUUGGUGUCAAUCGCAACUGA